UUUAAUGUUGGUAGCGAUAAAUGCGUUUCAGUCAGUCUGUGUUUACAUGAUUGCGCGUUUAAAAGAUUUUCGCCCCAAAACCACCUCGUAAACUAAAACAAAUCGAUUUAUCCCCUCAAAAUAAAGCUUAAAGUGUAUUAAAAUUAAUCAUAAAUAAAUUAAUCGCGUUAAAAGCUCGUAUUUUAGCCGCGAAGUCGCCAUCUUGGUUAAGAGUUCUGUCAAAACUUUGGCUGACACACACACACAUUCUCAAUACAGUUCCGAACUGUCAAAUCGCGCUUUUUUUGUAAGUAAACAAUAACAAGUUUGGAGUAAAAAAGCGUCGCGGAGCCUCCGCCGAAAGGUCCCCAUGUGACUGUACCUUUUAAGGGACUCGAAACGCGUCCUCAAAGCUCCCGAAGAUGUCGCGAAUAUUUAGUGGGUCAGCGCUUACCAAUAUGGGCAUAAUAACGUUGCUGCGUUGAAUAAAUGGUUUUUAAACGGGGCCACGAUGUGAUUGGCGCCGAUGAGGACCGCCCGAUGAUGCCAUCAGUUAAAAAGGUCCCGCUUAAUUCCAUCAAGGACCAAAUUACUUGCAGCCUGUGCAAAGGAUACUUUAUUGAUGCAACCACGAUCAUAGAAUGUCUCCACACCUUUUGUCGGUCUUGUAUCGUCCGAUAUUUGGAGACUCACAAAUAUUGCCCCGUUUGCGAUGUUCUUGUUCACAAAACGAGGCCCCUCACGAAUAUACGACCUGAUAAAACCAUGCAGGAUAUUGUGUAUAAAUUAGUUCCAAGGCUUUAUCAAGAGGAGAUGUGUCGAAGAAGAGAUUUUUAUAUCUCGCACCCCGAAGCGACCCCAACCGUUUUGGAAGAAAAAAAUGAAACAUUGUACGAUUAUAUCUUAUCCCCGGAAGAUAAUGUGUGCGUUUCGUUGAAUUAUUAUGGCUCAAAAGUCUUACCAAGGUAUUUGAAGUGCCCAGUUGCUGUUACGGUGGGGCAUUUGAGGAGAUUAAUCGCUGGGAAAUAUGAUCUAACUGACAAACACCAUGUUGAUGUUUAUUUUAAUGAAGAUUGUCUUUAUUCGUACCUGACUUUGAUGGAGGUUGCUUAUAUUUAUAAUUGGAGGAGGUUUGCCCCCUUGAAAUUAACCUACCGGAUAUUCGAGAACCGUUCGAAGCGACCAAAACUUGAUUCUGAUGACCCCAAUUCGAUGAAUAACAAUAAUUGGAAGGAGGUGCAGUUGAGAAUUAGUGAAAAUGGGGAGAUAAGCGUCACAGGGAUUGAUGAUGAUAACUUUAAUGAACAAAAUGUUACGAAAAAUGCGCUUAAAGUCAAAACAAAAGUGAAAAUUCGAAAUUUAUCAAAGAAAAAUAAUAAGAAUGUUGAAGUUAGGAACGUUUUGGAUGAGAGGAACGAGCAUCAAAGAGUUUCUGGAGAUAAUGAUGUUGAAAUGGAUUCGAUUCCUGCAAAAAGUGACAAAGAAAAUGGGAGAAAUGAGAAAAAAAUUAGAUUGAAUCGACUAAAACGGUUAAAUGAUGGUGAAAACAGUGAAGGUGGUCGUAAAUUAAAUCGAAACUUAAAUCGGGCGGGUAAAAAACAUCACCGCGUGAAAUCAAAUUCGAAUCAGGAAGAGAAAAACGAUUGUGUUGUUAAAAGUGACGAAAAAGGUGACGAAAAAAGUGUUAAAAGUGAAGAAUUACGGACUGAGGAGCUAAAUGUUGUUGAUAAAAAAGGUUUGGAGGAGAAAGAAAGAACUGAAACGUCAAAAAAGGCAAGUUUGAGUGAAAAAGUGAGGUUAAGUGGUGAUGAAAUUAAUAAAAUGGAUGUUGAAAAAGUACAAAGUGAAUGUUUUAAUGUUGAUUUAAGUAAAAAAGAUGGGUUGGGGAAAAAAGAUGUUGUAAAUAAUAGGGAAAUAAUGAGCGAUAAUCAAAUAAUUAAUGAUGAGAAAGUGGGUGAGGUUGAUAAGGAUGAAAUUAAAAGGGAUGAUGAGAAUGUGAAGGUAAUAGAGGAGAGUAAAGAUGUGGUUGGAAAUGAAAGUGUGGAGGUUGAUAAAGGUGUAAAAAAAGAUGAAAUUGAUAAAAAAGAUGUUAAAAAUGAUGUAAAAAAUGAUGUAAAAGAUGAUGUUGAUAAAAAUGUUGAUCAAAAUAUAAAGAAAGGAGUAGAUAAUGUGAGAAAAGAUGUUGAUGAUAUAAAAAAAGAUAAAAUUGUAGAUGAUAAAUCUCUGAAGGAAAUAAAAAAUUCUAAAGAAUUCGAUAAAUUUUCAAAUUUAUCAAAAGAAAUUGAUAAAAAUUCAAAAGAAAUCGAUAAAAACUCAAAAGAAACGGAUAAAAACCCACAAGAAAUCUCAAAAGUAUUAAAAAUACAAAAACUAACCUCAAAAGACGAACAUAACCUCAACCUGUCAAAUCAAAAUCAAUUAAAACCGCCGAUAAAUCUACAAAAUCAAUCUCAAAACAAACGCAAAAUCGACGAAAAAUCCGAUUUCGAGCCCCAAUCGAAACAACCAACGAUUUUAAAUCACACCCUAGGAUUACAAAAUCUAUCAAAUAAUCACCCGUUAAAAAAACACUCGAUGAUAACAUCUCAAACGAGUUCAAAAUGGUCGGAGAAACCAAAUCCUCCAUGUUAUAGCCCGCGCACCACCACAUUUGGACCAAUCAUUAAUGUACCGAAGCCCCAAACGAGUGUUAAAGCGAAUAAGCCCCAAACGACGAUUUUAAACAGUAAAGUUCCGAUUAAAAAUAAACCAUCGACUCCGAUUGGUUAUAAAACGUUGCGGGACCCCCCAAGGAGUUGGAAUCCGCAGUUAUCGAGGCCCGUUUUGAAUCGAGGGGUCGCCGGGGGGAGUCAAGGUGAUGGGUUAAAAAACGUGCGCCCCCCUAAAUUUUUUAAAAUCCGCAAUAAUAUGCCGAGGUAUUUAGGAAACCCCGCCUCGGGGGUUAAACCGAUGUAUCAGGUUCACGAUAAAGUCGAAAAAGAUGAUAAAAAAAUAGGAAAAGAGAAAAUUGAGAAUAUUAAAAAACAUUCGAUCGUUAAAAUUGACCCAAAAACGUUAAAACCGAUUUCGGAGAGGGCCCCCGAAACUUCGAACUUAACGAGGAAUUUAAAUUUGGUUCAAGAUUCAAAUUUAGAUUUAAAAAUUAAUACCAGUUCGGUUUCGAUUUUUAAUCCGUUGAAGUUGCAACAAACGAGUUCGAGUGGGAGUCCGAAGAGUUCUGAUCGAAAAUCGCCGAAAAGUCCCAAUAAAAUCCUUAAUUUCACCCCCCCAAAUCCUUUCGUUCCAAAUUUGCAAUCACCGACGAUUUCGCCGAAUCAAUUUUUAUUCCCCGGGCCGUUUAAUUCGUACGAUCCUCGCAUGAUGGCGGCUUAUCACAGCUUUUUAUACGGACAAACGCGACUUCCGUUUCAUUUAACGACAACGACCACCACGACAACCUCAACGGCGGCUAAAUCAAAUUUCGAGGUUAAAAAUAAUUACGAGCUGUCAAAGUUAACGCCAUCUACGAGUGCGAAAUCGAAUUUAAAUCAAGGUUCGAUUAAAAAGGGUAAGGAAAAGGAAAAAAGCUUACAAAACGCCGUUGAGAAGUUAACGCAAAGUAAAUUGUUGUUGAAGGAGAAAGAGAGUUGUUUGGUUGAGGGGAAAAGUGGCGAAAAAAGCGGGGUUAUUAAUAAUUGUGAAAGUGAGGUUAAGGAUAAGGAGGUUGUCAAAAAUGGGGAGAAUAAGGACGAUGAGAAGAAUAAAGAUGAGGAAAAAAUUAGUAAAGAUGAUGUGGAUAAAAGCUUAAAAGUAUCCAAAGAGGAAGAAAAAUAAAUGUUUAAAUAAAAAAAGUGCCUAAAAUAAUAAUGUUAAAGAAAUCAUCCCAAAAAAAAAAGCACCAAAUUCAAUUUGAAAAGGAAAAACCUUUGGAUUGUGCCUUUAAUUUUAAUUUUCGAAUAAUGAAGUAAAAGGGAUGUUAAAGAAAGGGUCUUAAAUCUUAAAAGGAACAAGUUUUCUGUCUACGUAGCAAUUUGUGAUAGAACUAACUAAAAAAUAUUUAUAACUACUUAGUUACAUGACAACGUUGUACAGUGGCGGAGAAAAGUCUACGUACAGCAUAUUAUGUAAACUUACGUCCGUCACUGUAUUUCUUUUUGUUUUUAAGUUAUCUUGCUGUAAAUUCGAAAUUGCUCAAAACGAACACCCAAAAAUUAAAUUAAAACAAAAAAGAUCCCAAAUAAAUCUUAAUUUUGAUUUGUAAAUAACGAAAAUUAUCUUUUUAAAAGUGGUGGUUUGAUUUUUUUCUUAAAUAAUUCGGUUCUUUUUAUGAUUUUUGUAUAGAAUCUUUGUUUUUUUUCUUUGUAUUACAUGAAUGUAUAAAUAUAGAAAUAGUUUAUAUCAAAGUAGAAAGGUUUCACUGUUUUUCUUUUUUAUGUUUUAAAAAAAAUAAUUAUCUCUCGUGUAGUGAAAAUAAAAAUAACUCGUAGGUUAUUUAAGAAAUAUGUAAAAAAGGAUUAAUCAAUUAAACGAAAUAAAAAAAAACAACAAACAAUAAAUCUUAUCUUGUACAUUGUAAAUAGAUCGAGCACAGAUUUUAAUAAAAAAUAUUGUAUUUAUAGUUUUUUGAUCAAAA